AGAGAGAAAAGAGUUGCACCCAGGCAGGCAGAGUGAAGAGCGUGUGUGUGCAAACUGGGAUGAAUAAAUGCACUCGAAGGCUUAGCUGGUGAUACAGCCAGAGAGAGAGGAAGCGAGAACCAGAGUGUGUGUGUGUGUGUGUGAGCAAGGACGUGAGAGAGAGAGAGGGUGAGAGAGAAGAAGUGAAAGAGAAGGAUAGAAGGGAAGAAAGAAGCAGAGAAGAGAAAGGGAGGAUUCUACAACUCCAACUAUGCUGUGCUGCAUAAGAAGAACCAAACCGGUGGAGAAGAAUGAGGAUUCAGACCAGAAGAUUGAACAGGAUGGCACCCCGAACAAGCCCGAGGACAAGGCCCACAAGGCUGCCACCAAAAUACAGGCGAGCUUCCGUGGACACAUAACUCGGAAAAAGAUGAAAGAUGGAGAAGAAGAAGAGAAGGAAGGAGACAGUCCAGCUGCAGAAGAGGGAGUAGAUGGUGAGGAGACAAAGAAAGUGGAGGGAGAAGAUGCACCUACUAAGCAGGAGGAAAAUGCAGGGGAGGAGGCCAAGAAGGAGGGGGAUGAGACAAACCAGGCCAAAACCCCAGGAGCAGACAAGCCUGCUAACUCUCCUGCAGGCACAGCAACGUCUCCCGUGGCAGCUCCCACUGCUGCCUCUCCCACAGCCCCCUCUGAACCUCAGAAAGAAGAGCCGAAGGCCGAGGAGAAGCCCAAAGAGGUGGAGGCUCCGGCAGCAACAGCCAAGAGUCCCACCACAGCCACGGCUGAGGAGAAGAAAGAGGAGGAGAAGAGUGAAGAGAAGAAGGAGGAGGCCAGAAAAGCCGAUGUGCCUGCUGCUGUCAGUCCGACAGCUGAAAAGGAGGAGCCUAACCAAACAAAUGAUAAAAAAGAUGCUGCAGAGGAGUCGAAAGCGGAGGAGAAAACCAACCCAGAUGGGGCUGCGGAGCCAUCCGAGUCCAAGGAAGACUAAAGGCAAAGCCUUAACCACUGGAAAUCAGAAUUAAGAGAAAAUGUUGAGUAACACAAAAACAAAAAUCUAAAAAGGUUGCUCUUUACCUUCCCAACGUCAAGGGCAGUCUGUUUCUAUUUGUUUGUCAUUUUUUGUGUGGCAAUGAUUUUCUCAUGUUGGGGGAGUUUCCAGCUUGAAGUUUUCUGGCUCAAGCUAAUAUUGUGAUGGUGAUGAUGAUGUCUGUAAUAAUAACAUGAUUAUUACCUUGAUGAUGAUGGUGAUGCAAAAGCGGGAAGCAUCAGUGUCUUCACUUCCUAAUGUGAGUGAAACAUCACUGGAUCGACAGCUUCUAACUGGACCGCUCACACAUUUAAAAACGCAUUGCCAAUGCACCACCAUUCGUUUGCAUUGUCAUGCACUUUUUUUAAAAACC